GAAGAAAGAAAAGACCCAAGUUUGACGUUCUUUCACUAAGUGGCCUUAGUCAAAUCAUAACCUCACGCUAAAACAGGCUAUGGGACAGAAGUUUGAAUCUCCAGAUUCCCGGCUGUUUUAAAAUUCUGUGAUGCAAUUAGUCUCGCCUCUUAGAUUUCUCCAAAGGACGUAUUUUGGCCCUCCGGACUCACCGUCCGCGCAGCCUCCACAAAGCUGCCGUAAGCUCCGCCCUCUGAGAGCAGGACGGCGCGAAAACCCAAUUGACAAGAACUCCCGCCGAAGAACCGCGGUCCAGUCUGUGUUCUGUCUGCUCUCCCCGCCCCGGCCCUAGUCCUGAGCACUCAGCCUGGAGCUCCUGCCUCGGGGACACUGUAUUCGCCGGCCGCCUCCCAGGUGCCUCGCUGCCCGCGCUCUCUCCCUGCCUUUUUCCGCGUUUGGCCCAGCAGAGCUGGGCCCAGCGUCGGUUCUCAUUUCGCUCCGGUGGGCGCGGGGGAGCCUAAGCCGGAGCCGGUGGCCUCCUGCAAGGAGCGGGCCGCCUCAAUGGCCUUCAGACGGGCUGAGCUGGACCGCGCACGGUCCUAGGAGCUGCGAUUCUGGGAAGCGGUGAGCAUGGUGGGGAUCCUGGCCAUGGCGGCUGCUCCCCCUCCCGUGAAGGACUAUGAGAUUGAGCCAUGCAAAAAACGAAGGAAAGAUGAUGACAGAUCUUCCUGCAAAACAAUUACAAAAUAUUUAUCACCAAUAGAGAAGACUGGAGACAGGGUUUUCUCUUCACCAAAAUCCAGCAAUAUUUUGGAUUAUUUUAGAAAGACUUCCCCCACAAAUGAGAAGGUACAAUCAGCGAAAGAGGGGAAGAUAAAGUCUUCUGUACAGUCUCCUGUUAACAGUACCAGCGACUGUAAGAAACCUUUGGGACUGUUCUCAAAUACAGAGAUUAAGAAGAAGGGAAAGAGGGUUAAUUUAUCUCAUCAACUAAAUAAUCUUAAAACUGAGAAUGAAUCUCCAAUUGAAAUUAAUAGUGAUGAUAGCAAAGAUGACUCUAGUUUAAGUAAUGAUGUUGUGGAAAGUAGUACUUCUGUUCUACUUUACAAGAAAUAUAUAGAGGUUCAUGCAGAAAAUAUCCAAGAUACCAAAAAACAGUCACAUAUCAUGACCUCCAAAAAAAAUUCUAAGAAAGUGAGUCCUAAAGAAAGGACCACAAAAAAUGACUGCAGAAAGUUGAGAAAAAGGAAACAGAGGGAUGUAAUAGCUCUAACUGAAUGUUUACCCAUGGCAGAACUAAAUCUGCUUAAAAAAGAUGGUAAAGAUAGUAAACAGAUAAGGCCUUCCUUAACUGAUGAAUUCAAGAAUACCACAAAUGAUGCAAACGCUAGUGCUCAUGUAACUGAAACAGCCCAUUUAAAUGAUGGUACAAUAACUAUCUCAUAUGAAGAGUUUUUAAAAAGUCACAAGGAAAAUAAAGUAGAACAAUUACCAGACUCUGCAAUGUCAAUUUGCAUUCCCUCUGAAAAUGUUGAAGUCAAAAGUGGUUGUAUAAGUGAAUCAGAAAACUGUGAAAUAUCUCAGCAGGUACAUUUGAAGACAGUCACAGUUCUUGCACAAGUUCAUUCUAUCCCCCCCAAAAAGGCAGGGCAAAUACCCUCAAUUUUUUUGAAGCAAAAGCAUUUUGAGCUGGAAAAUAGCCUAUCUGAUCCUGAGAAUGAACAGACAACUCAGAAAAGAAAAUCUAAUGUUGUUAUAGAGGAGGAAGAAUUAGAAUUGGCUGUGUUGGAAGCUGGAAGUUCUGAAGCUAUGAAACCAAAAUGUACCCUAGAAGAAAGACAGCAGUUUAUGAAAGCAUUUAGGCAGCCUGCUGCAGAUGUACUUAAGAACGGAGUCAAAAAGCCUUUGGAUAAGCAGAAAGACCACAGUGAAAAAUCUUUAAAUGAGCAAGGAAGUGAUAAUAAGUCUAAAAAAAUCAUGGGGAAUCCUGAUAUCCAAAUGGUUUCAAAUAAUGGCAGCUCACGAUCACACAUUGAUAAAAAAAGUUUUUCUAAGAAGAAAAGUAAAAAAGUAAAGAAAAAGGGUAAGAAAACAUUAGAUACUGGGACUUCUCCAGGUGAGACCAAAGAAGAAAAUACUCAAAAGCAAAAAACAACUUUUUCUUUAAAAGAGAAACAAAAUCCAAAUAGGCUUAGAAUGAGUUUAAGGCAAAAAAAUUCAGAAAUUUGCAAAAGCAGUACAUUACUUAGCAGCGAAAGUCUUCGUGAAGCAAAUGAUGAACCUUUAAAAAUUUCUUCUCUGUGUAACAACAAUAAAUCAUCAAGAAAAAUCAGCAUGCCAGUUAAAGGUGAUAAAUUUAUGCAUUCUAGAGCUGAGCCUGAAGACAGAUUGGUAAAUGUUUCCACCAGAAGGUCUGUGAGAUGUAGCAGCACAUCUACUGCAGUGACUUUUAGAGGUACUGAUUCUGAAGAUGCACAGGACAGUAGUCCAGUCAAGGCUUCCACUCCCACUGUAUCAGAAAAGCACGGCCUGUACAUGGCGGAAUUGAUAACAGUACCCUUUGAUUCAGAGAGCCCUAUUAGAAUGAAAUUUACCAGAAUUAGCACUCCCAGAAAAUCUAAGAAAAAAUCUAAGAAAAGAUCUAAGAAGUCUGAAGCAACUGAUGGAGACUUUACUUCUCAGACUAGAAAGGCAAACAGUACUUCAAAAAAUAUUUCAAAAGCCAAGCAACUGAUUGAGAAAGCAAAAGCCUUACACAUCAGUAGGUCAAAGGCUACUGAAGAAAUAGUCAUACCUUUAAGGCGUUCCUCUAGGCAUCAGGCACUUCGAGAAAGGGAGAAAUCAUCAGAAACAGAUGACUCUGUAAUAAUAAUAGAUUCAAGUCCUACUUCUUUAAAAAAUCCAGAGAAGAAUCAGAAGAAACUCCAGUGCUUGAAUGAUGUGCUAGGAAAAAAACUUAAGGAGUCUCCUAAAAAAACACCUGGAAAAAUGAAAGUUGCUCCUUUAUUUCUUGCCAAAAAGACUCAGAAAACAGCUGAUCCUAUCCUGGCUUUUGAUGAGAACAGUCAAGAUACAUCUGAAAAAUCUCAGGAUUGUGAUGUACAGUUUAAAGCAAAGCGUGAUUUUCUAAUGAGUGGUUUGCCAGAUUUGUUGAAACGACAAAUUGCAAAGAAAGCUGCUGCACUGGAUAUGUAUAACGCAGUGGGUACCAGUUUCCAGGCAGUUGUUCAUAUACAGCAAAAGGAUGAUGGGUGUUGGUUAUGGCAUUUAAAACCACCCUCUUGUCCUCUUUUAACUAAAUUUAAAGAACAGGAUACAAAAGUAACAGAUAUUUCCAAACAUGUUAUUGUUCUUGGUGAAUUCUCAACAUGGGAUUCAAAUUUGAACAGUGAUUCUGCUGUCAUGCAUAUGAGGACAAGGAAUGAUUUUUCUAAAGAAGUAAGAAAUAUUUUGCUGGAGGAAAUUAGGUGGUCAAAUCCUGAAUUUUCUUUGGGAAAAUAUUUUCCCUUGCUUCUAAAAAAACGAAUUGAAUACCAGGUACUUUCUGAGUGUCAUGGUAAACAAGAAAGUUCACAACUAGAGCCUGAUGUCAGUCAAAAAGAAACAAAAAGGAAACGAAUGGAAACAGAAACUCAGAAGUCAAAAAGAAAGAAAUUAAAUGAAUAUUCAGUAAAUCCAGAAAAGAUAAGUGAAAAGCCAGAAGAACUUGACAGAAGCAACAACUUUUCUGGUAAAAAGCUAGAUUCUUCCGAAGAUCUAUUUUCUAAAACAUUACGGAAGAAACAAACUCCUUUAAGUACAACAUGUAAAGUGAAAACAGAAGUAGUAGUGGAUACUGAUACUCUGAUAAUAGAUGAUGACAAAGAGCCUGCAGCAGAAAUAUCUUCCAUUCCUGAUUCUGGAACUGAAGACAUGCUUUGGACAGAAAAGUACCAACCUCAGAAUGCCAGUGAACUCAUAGGCAAUGAGUUAGCUAUAAAAAAGUUACAUAGCUGGUUGAAAGACUGGAAAAGAAGAGCUGAAUUAGAAGAAAGACAGAACUUGAAGGGAAAAAGAGAUGAGAAACAGGAAGAUUUUUCAGAUAGCAUAGACUUUCAAGGCAGCUCAGAUGAAGAAGAGAGCCGUCUCUGCAACACUGUUCUUAUAACAGGGCCAACAGGAGUGGGUAAAACUGCCACAGUGUAUGCUUGUGCUCAGGAGCUUGGAUUCAAGAUAUUUGAGGUGAAUGCCUCUUCCCAGCGCAGUGGUAGACAAAUUCUAUCUCAACUGAAAGAAGCUACUCAGUCCCAUCAAGUAGACAAACAAGGUGUAAAUGCACAAAAGCCCUGUUUUUUUAAUAGCUACAGCAUAAGCAAGUCACCAAAAAAAUUAAACUCCCCUAAGAAAGUUGUUACAUCACCACGGAAACUUCCUCCAUCAUCACCCAAAUGUGGCGGGCAGAAGAGAGCACUUCCCCCUAAAACUUUGGCAAAUUACUUUAAAGUAUCUUCCAAACCCCAAAAUAAUGAAGAAGUAGAAGCGCUUCUCAAAAAUGAUAAAGGAAUCAAAAAUUCUUUGGAACAGAAGCACAUUGCUCAGACUAAAUCUUCAAAUGCAGUAAAUUCAAGUGUCGAAGAAUCUGGACCUGAAGAGCCCAACAGGAAAAGUGCAACAUCUCUCAUUCUUUUUGAGGAGGUUGAUGUCAUUUUUGAUGAAGAUGCUGGAUUUUUGAAUGCAAUCAAAACAUUUAUGGCAACAACUAAACGACCUGUCAUCCUUACUACAAGUGAUCCAACAUUUAGUUUAAUGUUUGAUGGCAGCUUUGAAGAAAUCAAUUUCAGUACUCCUUCACUGCUAAAUGUUGCCAGCUACCUACAAAUGAUCUGCUUAACUGAAAAUUUCCGAACUGAUGUAAGAGACUUUGUAACCUUGUUAACUGCAAAUGCAUGUGAUAUCAGAAGAAGUAUCCUUUACUUACAAUUUUGGGUUAGAAGUGGAGGUGGAUUUUUAGAAGAAAGGCCAUUAUCUCAUCCUGGAGGAAAUAGCCGAAAUGUACUAGUUUGCACUGAAGAUGGCCCGGAUUCCAAAAAUAACACUAAAAAUGCUAAAAAGAAUUGGAAAGUCCUUCCCAAAUGUGACACUGGCUGUGCUGAGAACUUCUUUGGACUCAAGAACAUUUUUUCCCCAUCUGAAGACUUAUUUUCAUUUUUAAAGCACAAAAUCACAACAAAGGACAAAUGGCAUAAACUCAUCCAGCUUCUUACAGAAUUCCACAUGCAGAACAUAGAUUUUUUAUAUAGUAAUCUCGAAUUCAUCCUACCAUUACCAGUUGAUACCAUUCCAGAAACAAAAAAACUUUGUGGCUCAUCUGUAACUGUGAACGCCAAUGCAGUAACAAGAAGUAUGAAAUGUUCUGAAGGAGAGCAGCCAUUGAAGAAGUCGCAGAAAAAGAAACGUAAGAAAAAGAUGGUGAUACUAGAUGACAGUGACUUAUUUGACACUGGCUUGGACUUUUCUGAUGAAUUUAUUAACCUAACCCCAGUGUCUUCCUCAAAUUUAGAAGAAAGUAAAGCCAGAGACAAAGAAAACAAUCCAGAGAGAAACCAUCUAAACCAGUGUUCAGAGUCUGACCCUGAAUCUAUUCCUUGUCCUCCUAAAACACCAGCAGAAAAACAAUGCUCUGUCCUUGUUUCUCGUUGUUUAAGUUCUCUCACUGAGUUCAUGGAUAACAUGUCCUUCUUAGAUGCCUUCUUAACUGAUGUAAGGGAACAGAAGGAACUUGGUAAAAAUGACUUCUGUUGGACAAGUGGAAAGGUUAAAAGUGGACUUUGUGAUGAAUUUAGUCUGGAGAGUGGUGAUGGAUGGACUUCGCAAGGCUCUGCGGAAUUAAAGGCAGCUGUACAAGCUCUCAGCUUUACUAAGUGUUCAUCUACUAUUUCAAAAGCAUUGGAAUCCUCCUUGAAUUCUUGCAAGAAAUUAGGAAGAGAUCCAACCAACGAGCUUACUUUUUAUGUUUCACAAAAGCAUAAUAAUGUAUGCUUUAGCCAGUCAGCAGCUAAUGUGGACAAUGCUUGGAAGAGGAUAGCAGUCAUUAAAAGUGUAUUUUCUAGUCGAUCUCUACUAAAUGUGGGUAAUAGACAAGCCAGUAUAAUUGAGUACCUGCCAACUCUUCGAAACAUUUGCAGGAGUGAGAAGCUAAAAGAACAAGAAAAAUGUAAAAGAAGGUUCCUGCACUAUUUUGAAGGAAUUCAUCUUGACAUUCCAAAAGAGACUGUGACUAGUUUGGCAGCUGACUUCCCUUGAUACUGGGCAUUAACAAUGCCAUUUACAAAUUAUGUGGUGCUUAAGAUACAUUGUUAUAUAAUGUUGAUUUUCAUGGAAGUGUUCAUUUUUCUUCAUGUACAUUUAAAACAGACUAUUUGUAUUUUUUAUUGCUGUGCAGAUAUUUAAAAUGAAAAAAUUGAAUUAUAAAUUGUAUUUAUGAUUGUGGUAGUUUUUUUUGAAUUUUUUUAUAUUGUCUAAUUUUGCUUUGUUGAUAUAUUUUUGGUAAAUGAAUGAGCUGUUGUUUCUAGAAGGUAGUUCACUAAGAUAUUUCUAAAGAUACAGUGCUAACCUAAUGCUAUAUUUUUUUCCCUUAUUACCCUUAACACACCCCUCUCUAAAUAUCAGUUCUCUCAGAUUGUAAAUAUGAAGCACAUAAAUGGUGAUCUUUUUAAAGUGCUUUUACACAAUAUAUAACAGAAUUAUACAUACAGCGCUUAACAAAACUUCCUAGGAGCUGGGUAUUAGGGUGCACACCUGCAAUCUCAGCACUUGGGAGGCUGAGGCAGGAGGACUGCUGCAAGUUCGAGGCCAGCCUGGGAUACCCAGUGAGUUCAAGCCCAGCAUGUACUACAGGGUGAAACCCUGUCUCAAAAAAUCAAAACAAAGAAAAAAGAAAACUUCCUAGGAAGAAAAUUAGGUUUCAUUUUUCAAAAACGAAGAGCUUCUGGAUAAAUUUAUUUCUAGUGUACUUCCCAACAUAUUUACCAUUGAAUCAACAUUCUGAAUAAUAGCCAGGGAUUUAGCUCAGUGGUUCUGCCACCUGCCUCAAAAGCACAAGGUCCUGAGUUCGAGCCUCAGUACCAAAAAAAAAAUUUUUUGAAUAGUUUUCACCAAUCACUUUUAGCACCCCUACAUAGGUGAUAUCUAGUACAUUUUGCCAACACAAGUCACUUGCCUUGUAAAUUUUUCUUGCAUUUUUAUAACUUUUAUUUCACAAUAUUACUGGCAUUAAUGUAUCAUUUUGGACAAGCUCCUAUUCAUUAAAACUGUUACAAAGGAGGAUUCUGCCAUAGGAUUUCUACAUACUAACCCUUUCCACACACAGUUUUUUUUGGGGUGCUGAGGAUUGAACCCAGACCCUUGCCACAUGGUAAGUGUUCCACCACUGAGUUACAUCCCAAGCCCUUUGUGGGUUUUUUUUUGGGGGGGGUAUCAGGGAUUGAACUCAGGUCCUUGUGCUUUGAGGCAGGCAGCAGAACCACUGAGCUAAAUCCCCGGCCCCCCCAAGCCCUUUGUUUUUGAGACAGUCUUGAUGUGUUACCCGGGCUGGCCCCAGAUUCAUGAGCUCAGGAAAUCCUGCUGGCUCACCUUCUCAAGUAAUGAGGAUUACAGAUGUAUGCUGCCACACCCAGAAAAGGUAAUGUUUUUGGGGAAAAAAGGAUAUAUUUUUAUUCUGGUAACAAGAUCUUAAAAUACCACAUUUCACUUAAUGUCAUUUUGUAUCAGAUAAUCAAGUUUAAAAUCACUCUAUUUCAAAUGUUUGUAUUAUAUAAUAGCUUAAUAUUUCAGAUACAUUAUCUGCUUAAUUGUAUUUUAACUAAAAAGGAUCCUAAUUUUGUAGUUUUUAAAAAUACAGAUGCAAACCUGUUUUCAAAUGUGUGUAAAGAUGUUUUUACCUCUUAUUUGUUCAACCUACCUUUUCUUGUGUUGACCAGCAUAUUGAUCUAAUUAAAGGUUAAAGCUAAAACAUAACUUAUGCAGUAUUUAAAUAAGAGUUCAAGAGGUAAUCAUCUUUGUAAAUAUGUAUAUUGUGCAGAUUUGGAUAUAGGCUGUAUCUUACAGCUUUUGUUCCUGUACAGGAGACCAAUGUCUUCUGAAUCUUUUUUUUUUUUUUUUUUUUUUUUGUGGUACCAGGGAUUGAACUCAGGUCUGAAGCUUUUUUAAAGUAUACUUAGCUAUUUUUCUACUGACUGUAUCCUGUAGACCACUCACCUGUUAAUUAGGUGUUUUAUUAUUAGAAAACUGACAAUUCUCAAUAAAAUAAAAUAACACGAUAGAGCUGUAUUCAAGUGAUUACAAAUCAAGAAAUAAGCAGAAUGUGGUGAUGUACACCUGUAAUCCCAGCUACAAGCAGGUAGAUCACAAGUUCAAAGCCAGCUUGGGCAACUCAAAGAGACCAUCUCAAAAUUAAAAUGGAAAAUAAAAAAAGGACUGAGGAUGUAUGUAAUUCAGUGCUCCCCAGUACUGAAAAAAGUAAAAAAAUAAAAAUAAAAAAAAAUUGAAGGUGUUUUCUUCCAUAAUAGGAUACAUCUGAUUGGUCUUUAGUAUAAUUUGGAAAAGUGUUGUUUUAUGGUGUUGGGGUACAGGAACCCAGGGCCUUAUGUGUGCUAGGCAAGCGCUCUACCACUGUUCAUCCUUAAAGAUGAUAAAUUCCUAUAAAAUUCAGAUAAAUUUUUGUGAUAAAACUACCCAAAUUUUAGCUAGGGCUGGUGGCUCACACCUGUAAUCCCAGUACUCAAGAGGCUGAGGUGAGACAAGAGGAUUGCUGUGAGUCUGAGGCCAGCCUGAACUCCAUAAUGAGACCCUGUUUAAAAAAAAGUAAGGGGCUGGGGAUGUAGCUCAGUGGCACUGUGCCUGCCUGGCAAACACGAGGUCCUGAGUUUGAUCCCUGGUACCACAAAUAAAUAAGUGAAAAAGUAAAUUUUGAUGACUUUUCAAUACUUUGUGUCUUAUAUAAUGUCUAAAACUGACACAUUUUCUUUUAUAGCUAUUUCUGAAAAUAUGUGGGAGGUGAAUGCCAUAUUUCUGGCAUGAACGGACAGCCCGUAAAGCUGUUUGCUAACUAAUGUAAACAAGAACAAAGGUGCUAGUUUGGAGGCAAAGAAAACAAUUUCCUUUUAGACGUGUGUGGUUUGAGGUGUUUACCUUUUCAAGGUGGCAAUGUAUAGCAUGCAUGUAAAUGUGGAGGCUUAGUGUGCAUGGCACUGAGUCCAGUGUGUACAGCAGCCCCAGAGAGCUGGAUGUGCUAGUGUGGCAGGACUUCCGCUUCCUGCUGUAGAUAUAUACUUCUGGUUGUUUGAAUUUUUCUUCUUCUUAACAAGCAUAUUUGACUUUUGGAUUAAGGAGAGAUUUAAUACUGUGGCAUCAAAAAGAAUGGUUCAGUACAAGAGAUAUAAUGAGGCCCUGAACUAGGGCAGAAAUAGAAAAUUGAGAGGGACGUGAAAAGAAAAAUCAUGUGAAAUGUUUCUCAAAAGACAGUCUGCCUCGCAAGCGCAAGGACCCGAGUUCAAUCCCGGGUACCAAAAAAAACCAGUCUGUCGGGCAGGGGAUUUAGCUCAGUGGUUUCGCCACCUGCUGCGCAACCGCAAGGACCCGAGUU